AUGUCCACCCCUUCACAAAAGACCAUCACCAUAAUCGGCGCCACCGGCACGCAAGGCUCCUCUGUGGCGCGGACAUUCCUCUCUCUCUCCAACUGGCGCGUCCGCUGCAUCACCCGUACCACCACCUCUCCGCGUGCAACCGCUCUCUCCGCUCUCGGCGCGACCCUCAUCCAAGCGGACCUGAACGACCUCUUCUCCCUCAAAACUGCCUUCGCCAACACGCACGCCAUCUUCGUAAACACUGAUUUCUGGGGCCUUUAUCGCGCAACCUCCCCAUCCAAGGACGCCAGCCACUCCGCCUACGCCAAAGAAAUCCAACAAGGAAAAAACGCGGCCCUUGCUGCAUCCACUAUCCCAACCCUGGAACGAUACAUUUAUUCUGCUCUCGGGCCGAUGAAGAAGCAUUCGGGGGGAAAGUAUCCGCACUCGUAUCAUUGGGACGCAAAGGCAGAGAUUGUAGAAUUCAUUGAGAGGAAACUGCCCGGAUUGGCGGAACGGACUUCGUGUAUUUGGGUGGUGGAUGCUCAGGGGAAGUUGAAGUUUGUGAUUCCGUUGGGGAGGGGUGUGAAGGUGCCGGUUGUGGAUGCGGGGAGGGUGACGGGGGGUUUUGUGAGGACAUUGUUGUUGGCGUGUUGUGCGUGGUUGGAGGUGAAAGAGAUGGUAAAUGUUUGGACGAGGGUGACGGGGGGGGAGGCCGAGGUGGUAGAGGUGACGCCGGAGUGGAUGAACAAAGAGCUGGGGGUUCCGAUGGAGGUCUUGGAUGCGCCGGCUUUCAUUGAAGAGAUGAGGUAUAUGGGGGGUGUGAAGGGAUGGAUUGAGCCCGGAGAGUUGAGUGAGAGAUGGCAAAAGUGGUCGUUUGAGGAGUGGUUGAGAGGUGAAGAUUGGGAGGGUAUUUUGAGGGCUGGAAUGGAGGAGUUGGAAGGGGUGAGCAGGAGCUGA